AUGUCUUCAUUCAACAUCUCUAAAGGUGAAGUCUUCACCUUCCUCUUGAUAGGAAUCCCAGGAUUGGAACACACUCAUAUAUGGAUCUCAAUCCCCAUCUGUUUUAUAUAUUUUGUCACCAUUUUUGGCAACUGUACCAUCCUCAUCAUCAUUAAGACCGAGUCCUCACUUCACAAGCCAAUGUACUAUUUCCUUUCCAUGCUGGCCUUCUCUGACCUGGGCCUGUCCCUGUCAUCCUUACCUACAAUGCUAAGGGUCUUUUUAUUGAAUGCUCCCAGAAUCUCUGCUGAUGCCUGCUUUGCCCAGCAGUUUUUCAUCCAUGGUUUUUCUCUCAUGGAAUCUUCGGUUCUUAUGAUCAUGUCCUUUGAUCGUUUUAUAGCUAUCCACAACCCCCUAAGAUAUAGCACUAUCCUUACCAAUGCAAGAGCCACCAAACUUAGCCUGUUGCUAACCAUGAUAAGUUUUUUAUUGAUCCUGCCAUUCCCCUUCACUCUAAAGAGCCUGACAUAUUGUAAGAGGACCCUCCUUUCCCAUUCCUACUGUUUACACCAGGAUGUCAUGAAACUGGCUUGCUCUGAUAAUAAGGUUGAUAUUAUCUAUGGCUUCUUUGUUGCUCUGGUAGGCAUGCUGGACUUAGUAUUAAUUUCAAUUUCCUACAUUUUCAUUCUGAAGACUGUUUUAGGCAUUGCUUCCCACCAAGAACAACUCAAAGCUCUCAGUACCUGUGUCUCUCAUAUUUGUGCUGUGCUUAUUUUUUAUAUACCUAUCAUUACCCUGGCUGUUCUUUACCGCUUUGGCAAGCAUGCGCCCCUACUCAUUAGAAUCCUAAUGGCUGAUGUCCUUUUGUUGGUCCCACCAUUAAUGAACCCCAUAGUAUAUUGUGUGAAGACCCAACAGAUACGAAUAAGAGUCUUGAGGAAGCUGCAUCUUAAGUAA